UUGAUCGCAUCCCCGUAGUCGAGCGAAGAUAAAUGGUAACGUUAACACUGCAAGUUUAAUUUUUUUUUUUUAUUUAUUUAUUUCUUAUAUAUUUCAUUUAAACAUUUGGAAAAAAUGUUUUAUGGAAUGGAUUAGAUUGAAAAGAGAGAGGGAGAAAGCAGAUGAUCGGCAUAAUCGGGAAAUUAAUACUAUUAAAAAGUUAGCGUUGUUUUUCUACUAGUUAAGUAGUCAGAAGCGUAUUCAGACAGCCUUCAGAGAUAAAUAAAAAUGGAGUUGAAGGAAGAAGAAGCUCAGGUUUGCAGACUAUGUGGACAACGUGAAAGCAUUUACAUUGAUGUGUUUGGAGAAGAAGGGACGAAAAGGUUACUCGGCUUGAAAAUACAUUCGAAGAUCAACAUUUUGAUUCAAAAGGAUGACGGAUUACCACAGGUAGUAUGUGUGCGAUGCCUAGGAACUUUGGAAUUUUUAUGCGAUUUUUAUGACCUUUGUCAUCAUACUCAAAACAAGUUAACUAAUAAAAUUGAAACUGUAAAAGAUGUAAUCAACGUAGUGCACAUGGAAAACGAUGCCGAAUUUGAUAAAGAAAAUGCUUUUCCUUCUCCUAGAAAAUGUCAUCAAUCAGGUAGUUAUAAAAAUCGUUCAAAAAGUGAAUUAGAUCAAUCGAAUGUUUGUUCAGUUGAAAAUUUGAACAAUUUUGUUACCGCCAAACAAUCAAAUAUAAAAGAGACUGAACUAAACGAUAAAAGAAAUUGCAGUAACGUUACAAAAUUAGAGAAAAGUUUUUCUUCAAAAGAAGAGCCAUUUAUUAAAAUUUCUCAGAUAUCUUCAACAAAUGUUAAAAUAGAUAAAAGUAAACUAAGUAAUCAGUCUGAAAAAAAAAACAGAACGAGAAAAGCAACAUUAAGAGAAACAAGAAGUGAAGAUAAUAAGACCCAUUCUUCUCUGAUUAAAAAAACAAGACGUAAAAGUUCUGUUCAUAAAUCCUUAAUUGAUUCCUUUAAUCUUAAAAGAUUCAAUAAUGUAAAAGAAUCAAGAGUAAUACUGUCCCAUGACGAUACAAAUACAACCAAAGCUGAUAUUCUUUUUAUAUCUAAUACUAAAGAUGCUUCCAAAGAAUUCUCUAUUAAUGAGAAUCAAUCUAUUGUUCAUUUAAACAAAACAGAAGAAAUAUUGUCCAAUAAAAUCCAUGACAAUAAUAAAAACAAUGUGGAUAAUAACAAUAUGCAUGAAAAGAAAAAAAAUAAUUUAUCUAAAAAAGUGAAGUGCCAUUCUAAUGAAAAUAAUAUAAAAAAUGAAAAUUCUGAUCAUAUUAUACCACAUAAAGUACAAGUUUUACAAUCAAAUCAAUUUGUGUGGGCUUCCAAUGACACAUUAUUACAGGAACCAUAUAAGCCAAAAUCUGAGAAAGAUGAAACUGUAUUAAAUACAAGUCCUCAACCUGGAGACGAAGCAGAAUCAAAUCAACAAGUCGAUGCAAAUUCAAUAGUGAAUCAUAUUCACAUAUCCGAAGUUGUUCCUAUUUCUAAAUCCGUAAGAAAUAAAUGCCUUGCAGAACAAGUUUCAAGCUCUUCAUUAGAUGUACCUAAUGAAGUACAAUUAUCGAGAAAGAAGAUACAACACAAUUGCGAAAAAGAUAUUACUCCCGGAACAUCUCAACAAUUAGAGUUUAAGAAUAAUUUAAAUGAACGGCUCAGAAGAAAUGGAAAAUUUGGUAAAAUUUCCGAAUUAAUAAGCCACGAGCAAAAAAUAGAAAUAGAAAAAUAUUAUAAGAUAGAUAUGUCAGUUGUUGAUUCAAGCAUUGUCGAAAAAAAUCUAACAAUCACUGAUAAAAGAACUAUUCAGUGUAACAUUUGUGGAUUAAUGUACCCUAGAUUGGACAAAUGUCAGGUUCAUGUUUGGGCUCAUUUGAAAAUGAGACCAUAUAAAUGUACAGCUUGUGAAUUUUCAACGGUAACUAUAAGUAAUGUACGCUGUCACAUUAGAAAACGUCAUUUAAAAAUAAAACCUUUUGCGUGUCAUCUCUGUGAAAAACGAUAUGUCACUGCGGUCCUUUUAGAAGAACAUUUAAAUACUCAUACAGGUGCUCGACCAUUCAAAUGUAAGAUCUGUGAUUUUGCCAGUUGUAGUCGUCAAGUAUUGAGUUAUCAUAACACGACACAUAAGCCAGUAAAGGACAUACAUUGCAAUGUUUGUGGAAAAGAAUUUUACUCAAGAGGGAGAAUGCGAGCCCAUAUGCUUAUUCAUAAUAAAGAUAAAGUUGUGAUGUGUAAGCUUUGUUCUGCUUAUUUAUCUAAUGAAACAGCAUUAGAACAGCAUAUGAAAAAUAUUCAUACACGUGAUUAUAUAUGCAAUAUUUGUGGGAAAAUUUUAAAAUCCAGAAAAACAUUGUUGAAUCAUAAAAAUGUCCACGCAGCUGCUAAAUAUAAAUGUGAUUUAUGCCCGAAUGUAUAUAAAAGCAGUCAUAUAUUAAAAGAACAUCUUUUAAAACAUGAAGGUAUUAGAAAGUACAAAUGUAAUAAUUGCGAGAAAUCUUUUGCCCAACAAUCGCAUCUUGCUGCACAUAUGGCAGUACAUAGUGAAAUAAGAUACCAUUGUCCUGGUUGUAACAAGGCUUUCAAUCGUCGGGAUAAUAUGAAAAUACAUACCAAACGUUGUAAAAGCUUUUUAGCCAAUCCUGAAUUAAAAGAUCUUUUAAAGAACAAGGGAAGGACUAAAUAUAUAAGAAAGAUCAAUGAUCACGUUACUCUUGACACAUCUAUGAAUACAAAUAAGGAAACAUUUACGAAUACAGAUAAAGAAACAUCUAGGAAUACAGAUAACGAGAGUAAUAAAUUAUUAAUCUUGAAAUAUGAAGAGACUGCUAAUAAUGUGAUAUCCAAAGAUAUUAAUAAGGAAAACGAUAGCAAUAAUCAACAGAAUAUUAGUCAAUAUGUAUAUAAUGAAAAUGUACAAAAUAAUGAAACAAUCAGAAGUUUGGAAAAAAUGAUCGAAUUAUCUGGAUCAUCGACUGAGAAUACAUACGAUAUUAUACCAGAAAAUAGUACAGUGAUCCAAAAUGUCCUGCACUCUGAUUGUUUUUAAUUUCUUAAUUCUUUUUAUAAUUUUUCAAAAAAUGUUUCAGUUUAUGUAAAAAUUAUAUUACAGGUAUUAAUAUAAUCGUUAAUAAGUACAAACGAGAAACGUGAGACUGUGUAUGUGCGCAUGUGUGAAACUAAAAUAAUAUUCUAAAGAGAAAA